AUGGAUUCUGGAUUCGGUGAUCCAUCAUUAUCUAGUACCCAACUCCGUCAGAAGGCAUUCACUGUCAUCAAAAACAGUGACAGGCCGAUGGCAAGUUGCGAAAUCGAAAAAUGGAUUCGCAACAAUGAUUAUGAUCUCUGGUGUAAAGUCUCCAGUAAGUGCAAAGAUUAUGUUCGUGUAAUCUUGAGCCAGACAAGAGGCAAAACAAUUACCAAGUUCAAAGCAUUGAAGCCAAUUCCCGGAAUUGACAAGCGUUCCACUUUCUAUGGUAUCUAUGGAAGGUCCUAUCCUUCAGAUUCCUGGGCUGCGACAUCAGAUAACAUUCGUUCAAAGAGCAGAAAACACGAUGAUGAUGCCUAUGACGAAGAGAUGAAUUUCUCCAAUUCUAAAGAAGAAUCCUCACAAUCUAGUGAUGAAUCCUCUGAAUCAUCACCUAAGAUUAUGGCUAUUCCAAUUCAUGAGUCUCCAAAGCCGGUAGAAAGGAGAGACAGAAAACUUCUUCCUCCUCUGCCACCAUUCAGACUGCUUUGCGGACCAAAUCCCAUCUUCCCUUCCUUCAUCACAAACAAUCCAAUCCUUUUCAACCUUGUUUAA